CGCAGGCGCAGUCUCGUGGCGGGCGGUCCCGCGGUCCCGGGCCGCGCCAGGGGCGGCCGCAGCGGGGGAUGCGAUGACAACGACCACACUGCAGAAAGCCAUCGACCUGGUCACCAAAGCCACCGAGGAGGACAAGGCCAAGAACUACGAGGAGGCGCUGCGGCUGUACCAGCACGCCGUGGAGUAUUUCCUGCACGCCAUCAAAUAUGAAGCUCACAGCGAAAAGGCAAAGGUGAGCAUCCGAGCCAAGUGCAUGCAGUACCUGGACCGGGCGGAGAAGCUGAAGGAAUACCUGCGCAGCAAGGACAAGCAUGGCAAGAAGCCGGUCAAAGAGGCACAGAGUGACAACAAGGGGAGCGACAGUGACAGCGAUGGAGAGAACCCUGAGAAGAAGCACCUGCAAGAGCAGCUGAUGGGUGCCAUCAUGAUGGAGAAGCCCAACGUGAGGUGGAGUGAUGUGGCUGGUCUGGAGGGAGCCAAGGAAGCCCUGAAGGAAGCCGUGAUCCUGCCCAUCAAGUUCCCCCACUUGUUCACAGGAAAGCGCACGCCUUGGAGAGGGAUCCUGCUCUUCGGGCCACCUGGCACUGGCAAGUCCUACUUGGCCAAGGCUGUGGCCACCGAGGCCAACAACUCCACCUUCUUCUCUGUCUCCUCUUCCGACCUGAUGUCCAAGUGGCUGGGAGAGAGCGAGAAGCUGGUGAAGAACCUCUUUGAGCUGGCGAGGCAGCACAAGCCUUCCAUCAUCUUCAUCGACGAGGUGGACUCGCUGUGCGGCUCCCGCAACGAGAACGAGAGCGAAGCCGCCCGGCGCAUCAAGACAGAGUUCCUGGUGCAGAUGCAGGGUGUGGGGAACAGCAGCGACGGGAUCCUGGUGCUGGGUGCCACCAACAUCCCCUGGGUGCUGGACUCAGCCAUCAGGAGGAGGUUUGAGAAGAGGAUCUACAUCCCCCUGCCCGAGGAGGCGGCGCGGGCCCAGAUGUUCAGACUGCACCUGGGGAACACCCCUCACAACCUGACAGAUGCCAACAUCCAGGAGCUGGCCCGCAAAACCGAGGGCUACUCAGGAGCAGACAUCAGCAUCAUCGUGCGGGACGCCCUGAUGCAGCCCGUCCGCAAGGUCCAGUCAGCCACUCACUUCAAAAAGGUCCGUGGUCCCUCCCGCACCACCCCCGGGGCUUUGGUGGAUGAUCUCCUGACUCCCUGCUCGCCCGGAGACCCCGGCGCCAUGGAGAUGACUUGGAUGGAGGUGCCUGGUGACAAACUGCUGGAGCCCACCGUCUGCAUGUCGGACAUGUUAUGCUCGUUGGCCACCACCCGCCCCGCUGUCAACGCUGAGGAUUUGCUGAAAGUGAAGAAAUUCUCGGAGGACUUUGGACAGGAAGGUUAAGGAGGGGGUUGGGUGUGGGGCUGGGUGUGGGGCAGCUUCUUCAACACCCCACCUCCCCCCCCAGCCGUGCCAAAGGGGUUCAUCUUAGCUCACAUCUCUCACCCCACCGCACUGCAGGGGGGGUGUGACACUACUGGGGAGGGGCCCACGUGUGGGUGGGUGGGUGAGUGGGUGGGUGAGUGCUUCCCCCCCCCUCCUCCUUCUCUGGCUCUUUUUUAUUUUUUAACUUAAUGCUGCUUCGGGUUCUGUCUUGUUUAUAUGAAAAUAAAAACAGUCUAAAAGCUUCCACCCUCA